AUGCUUUCUUGCCAUCAUUUGACAAACACAGAGAUACAAAUGGAUAAGGAUGAUAAACCUUCAUUACUUAAGAUGUUUUGGAAUUUAUUAGUCUGUUCAUUCUAAACUGUGUUUGGUUAUGUAUGUUUAGACAUCUGUGUGAGUGUUACUUUACAUUACAUUAACAAAGGGUAAAUAAUACAUUUAUGAAAGAAUGACUUAAAUUGAUGUAGCAGGAUAUGGGUUUGCAUUGAAUUGUGUCUACAUUAUUGUAUUGCCAAUUGGAUUCGGAUUUAAUUAGUCUCUAAACAUGCAUACAGCAUAAGCAAUAGGUGAUGGAAAACACUAACUUGCCAAACGAUUUUUUAAUGUCAAUUUAUAUGUGAUGCUUAUGUUUCUGAUUCCAUUUUCGGGAAUUUUAAUAGCAAUCAAAAAACCGUUUAGCCUAAUCGUAGAAGAGUCUUAGAGAGAGUAAACAGCAGAUUGUGCUUGGUAGUAUUUAUGGUUUCUAAUUCCAGCCAUAAUUUUAGCAAUCAUUUUUGAAAGUAUUAAGAUUUUUAUGGCAUCAUACAAAAUUACAUACCCAUUUGCCAUUAUUCAUUUUAUCACUUUGCUUUUACAUUGGCUAUUUAGUUGGUUAUUUAUAAUGAAAUUUGAAUGGGGAAUACCUGGAGCAGGUUUUGCUAUCAUAUUAACAGAAGUAUUCAAUAUGAUUGGUAUAUUCUGUAAGAAUUUUAUAAGUUAUUUUAGCAUUCAUUUAAUUGACAGAAUAUAAAAGGACAAUAUUUUAAGGAAUCAAAAUAUUGCCUGAUAUUCCAAGAAUUAGAAAAUUAGGUUUACAAUAUUGCAAAACUUCAAUGCCAAUAUUAGUCCAUAUAUAUUGUGCAUAUUUUAUAUUUGUGUUAUUAACAUUUAUAGCAUUAAGUUUGAAUACUCCAUCAGUAAAUGCUCAUUUAGCACUUUAAACAGUGUCUGGUACAUUUUUUAGUAAUUAUAUAUAUAUAUGAUUUAAGGAUUGCCAAUUAGUUUAUCAAUAGCAAUCAUGUCUUAUGUUGGUACAGAAAUGGGAUUGGGAGAUGUUAAAAGAGCAAAAUAAUAUGUAGCAGUAGGAAUUUUAAUAUUUGUGUUAACUUGUGCUUUGUGUGCAUCACUUUUAUGGAUAUUUUAAGAUGGAUUUAUAGAUUUUUUCACAGCAGAAAGUGGAAAGGAUUAAUUUGCAGAUGAAACAAAAGAAGUUAUGAAAGAUUCUCUUCCUUGGAUGAUUGGUGGAUCAUUAAUAAUAGAUGGAAUGUAAGGAACUUUAAGCGGAGCAUUAAAAGGAAUUAAUAAAGCAAAUUUAGUAUAGGUAUUAGAAUUAUAAAUAUUUUAGUAUUCAACAAUAUUUGCUUAUUUUGUUUGUUGUGUUCCUAUAGUCUCCUUUUUCGCUUAUGACUGGGGACUUGGUAAUGGUACUAAAGGUAUAUGGUAAGGAUUUGGAAUAUCAAAUCUAAUUUUGACUACUCUUUUUACAUUGAGUUUAUUUUUUACAGAUUGGUAAAAAGAGUCAGAAAGAAUUAUAAAUAGAAUAAAGAGAGAAAAUGAAAUGUAGAAAAGCACUAUUCAUCAAAUUGAAGACUAAUUGAUAUAUGAUUGA